GUUGCAUAAAAAAACCAAACAAGGAACAGCCACCAACCGCGUUAGAAGUCGAUUAAAGUUUGAUUUUGUGCUAUAUACUCUUUGCAUUCAUAUUAUGUAGGAGGAAAAACAACAAGAAUACAAGAUAGUGGAAAAUUUUUACAUGGAAACAAACACAAUUACUAAAUCUCUUUUAAGAUUAAUUCAUAGUAUAGAUUGUACAAUAGCUAAAAAAAAAAAUCAUUUUAGAAUAUUUGAUAAAAGUUGUCCCUGAUAUCUUUUCAAAAUCAGAAAAAAAAAAGAGAAAAAAAGAAAAAAAAAAAGUCAUAUCAUCGAUUAUAAAUUUAUAACUCCCUAAGACCCUAAGCCAUAGAUGCAUGUAUAAUGCAAUAACUAAUUCUAUAUAAAAAGAGAAUAUAAUGAAAAGGUAAAGUAACGACUAUUUUUCGUAUGGAAUAAUAUUUUAAAUUUUUUGGUGAAGAAACAAGGUAUAUAAUUUAAACGAGAUUUGAUAUCAGGUAAUAAGUAUCACCCUUAAAAAAAUUUAAAUCAAUUAAGCUAGUUUCAUUUGCUUUGUACGAGUAUUAAUGGCAGAAGUUUGACAAAGAAAACUGUGGGUCGAGAGGCCAAUUGGCGCCCAUACUAUAUUAUUUGCUUCACUUGGAUUUAUGCUUAGGCUUUAGUGCUUUACUCCAUUAUAUAAACUCUAUUCCAAUUUUGGCUGACUAUCUAGUCAACUAAGAUAAAACUUCCAUAAAGUUAUACAAUUGAAACACGGUUCCACUCGAUUACAAAUCAUGUAUUGAACCUCAUAGAUUCAGAUGAAUUGAUCAGCAAAAACUAAAUAUAAAUGCACCCAGCCACCCAUUGAGUGAGCUGAACAUACUCGUCUCAACAAACAAUAAUGUCGCCCCAAUAUACUACUUUCCUCGUAACUUAUGUUUUACUGAUAGUCUCCCUUACAGCAACUGCUGUUUUAUCAGCAGACAGUGGCCUGCAGGUUGAACUAGAAGCUUUGAAGGCGUUCAGAAACUCGAUCACCAACGACCCUCUGAGUCAACUCUCAGGCUGGAACAGCAGCAGUCAUCACUGCAACUGGACUGGCAUAUCCUGCGACCCAUCUACGAACAAUGUGAUUGUGAUAUCCCUGACUGAGAAGCAGCUCCAAGGAAAGCUCUCGAGUUUUGUUGGUAACUUGUCGAAACUUCAGGUUCUUGAUCUAACCUCUAAUGCUUUCUUUGGUCAAAUUCCUGCUGAACUUGGGAAAUGCUCACAGCUUAUAGAACUCACUCUAUUUGAUAAUUCUUUUUCUAGCAACAUUCCACCACAACUAGGCAAUCUUCGGAACUUGCAAUCACUAGACUUAGGAAACAACUUUCUUGAUGGAAAUAUCCCUGAUAGUAUCACAAACUGCAUAAACUUAGGUGCACUUGGACUGAACUCCAAUAAAUUUACUGGUAAGAUUCCGUCGAACAUUGGAAAUCUUAAAUCUCUUCAAGUUUUUAUCGGUUAUAACAACAGCUUUGAAGGUCCUAUACCUGAUUCUGUAGGAAGGCUGAUGAAAUUGCGAGUUUUAGACUUUAGUCAAAACAAAUUAUCAGGUAGACUUACUUCUUGGAUAGGGAACUUGACAGGUUUAGAAACACUUCAGCUUUUUGAGAACUUGUUGUUUGGAGAAAUUCCGCCUGAAGUUGGGAAAUGCAAGAACCUUACCCUUUUGAACAUUUAUAGCAAUAAUUUUGUUGGAAAAAUACCUUCUGAAAUUGGGAAUUUAGUUAACCUGCAAAAAUUAAGGCUGUACAAAAAUAAGUUGACUUCAGUAAUUCCGAAGUCCUUAAUCAACUGUAAGUCAUUGACACAUUUGGAGAUUUCAAUGAAUGAAUUAAGUGGGAAAAUACCUUCUGAAAUUGGGUUUUUACCGUCGUUAGAGAUGUUGAUGUUGCACUCUAACAAUUUCACUGGUUCAAUUCCGCCUUCUAUAACCAACCUGAAAAACCUGACAUAUUUCUCAGCAAGUUUCAAUUUCCUGACAGGAGAAAUACCAUCCGAUAUUGGGAAGCUAUAUAACUUAAAGAACCUUACCUUGAACCAAAACCUACUAAGUGGCCCAAUUCCUUCUAGUACAACCAAUUGUACACAACUUCUUGCCGUAAGCCUCAGUUAUAACAGGUUAAUUGGUGAGCUCCCACAUGGUUUGGGGCUGUUAACUAACAUGACAAUCUUUUCAGUAGGAAGAAAUUCUUUGUCUGGUAACAUACCGGAUGAUAUCUUUGAUUGCGCUAGUCUUGAAACUCUUGAUUUAGCUGUAAACAACUUCAGUGGACCGCUGAAACCAAGUAUUGGGAAUAUGAGUAAUCUGAGGAGGCUGCAACUUCAUUCAAAUUCUUUUACAGGGAAGAUUCCACCAGAAAUUGGUAAUCUUAGCAGGUUAUUUACACUACAGAUAGACAGAAACAGGUUGUCAGGCCGAAUUCCACAUGAAAUCUCAAAGCUCGCUCUCCUCCAAGAUCUUGCCUUGCAUGACAAUCGACUAGAAGGUGAAAUUCCAGAGGAGUUAUUCCAACUCAAACAGCUUACUAUACUAGAGUUGCAGAACAAUCAGUUUAGUGGUCAAGUUUCAAAUUCUAUCUCAAAACUCGAGCUUCUUUCAACCUUGAACCUUGGAGGAAACAAUUUCCAUGGGCACAUUCCAUCAGGCAUGGCUAUACUCAGCCGUCUAACAAUGUUAGAUCUUUCUCACAACAAUUUCAGUGGGUCAGUUUCAGGACCAGUUAUAGCAAACAUGAAGGGGUUGCAAACUUACCUCAACUUAUCACACAAUUUUCUGUCAGAAACAAUUCCUGAACAAAUUGGCAUGUUGGAGAUGGUACAGUCCAUCGACAUGUCACACAAUAAUUUCUCAGGACCUGUUCCAGCAACACUCAAAGGCUGCAGAAACCUGCUGAACCUUGAUUUAUCAGCGAAUGAGCUUUCUGGUUCACUUCAUGAAGGUAUGUUUGAUGAGACAAAUCCUCUUACAAGCAUAAAUCUGUCAAGAAACCAGCUCAAUAGUCAGAUUCCUGCAAGUUUGGCAAAGCUGAGGCAACUGAAUUCACUAGACCUUUCACAAAACCAACUUUACGGGCCAAUCCCUGACAAGCUCAAUGACCUUUCAAGUUUAAAAUUUCUUAAUCUCUCAAACAAUCAUCUUGAAGGUGCUAUUCCACAAAACGGUGUCCUCCAAAACUUCCCUGUAUCAAGUUUUUCGGGAAACAAAGGGUUGUGUGGGACCAAACUUCUUCGUUCUUGCACCAAGAAGAGCAUCUCCAAUUCUAUGCGCAGGAAAACAAUAUUGAUCUUGAUACCCCUUUUGUGUGCAUCAGUAUUGUUACUUCUUAUAAUUGUCAUCCUGCUUUAUAAGCAGCAACAACGUAAUCAAAAGAGAAGCAUCAGGGAAGUUGAGGGACUUGAGACACCUGAGAUAGAUAAUGCAGGAGCUUUAACAUUGAAGAGAUUCAGUUCAAGGGAUAUAGAAGUUGCUACUGACAAUUUCAGUGAAAGCCGUGUUCUUGGUAGCAGUAAUCUAAGCACUGUCUACAAGGGAACAUUGCAAGAUGGGAAAACUGUUGCAAUAAAGAAGCUGAAUUUAGUACAAUUUGCAGCAGAAUCUAACAAGUGUUUCUACAGAGAAGCCAAAAUCUUGAGUCAGCUAAAACAUCGAAACUUAGUCAAGGUGAUUGGCUAUGCUUGGGAGAGCAAAAAGUUGAAGUCGUUAGUUCUAGAAUACAUGGAAAACGGAAAUUUAGAGCAGAUCAUUCAUGAUCCUUCAGCAGACCGCUCAUAUUGGACUUUAUCAAAGAGAAUUGAUGUCUGUAUCUCUAUAGCUGAAGGAUUGGCUUACUUGCAUUCAGGUUACGACACCCCUAUAAUUCACUGUGACUUGAAGCCUUCAAAUAUUCUCUUGGAUAAAGAUUGGGAAGCUCAUGUCAGUGAUUUUGGAACUGCUCGGAUGCUGGGUGUUCAUCUUCCAAAUGGUCUUAGCAGUACCACAGUGUCAGCAUUCAAAGGCACUAUUGGCUACAUGGCACCAGAGUUUGCGUAUAUGAGGACUCUUACGACCAAAGUAGAUAUAUUCAGCUUUGGAGUUAUAAUCAUGGAGUUCCUCAUGAAACAAAGGCCAACAGGUCUUACUGAAGAAGGCGGAUCACCACUCACCUUGCGCCAUCUGGUGGAAAAGGCAAUGGCUGAAGACAGGCCACUUACUGUUAUUGACCCUGAUCUGUCUUCAAGUAUCACAAGAAAAGAAGAAGUGAUUGUCAGAGAAAUUCUUAAACUAGCAUUGUCCUGUACCUCCCUUAAUCCUGAAAAUCGACCUGACAUAAACUUGGUGAUGUCGUGUCUAAUUAAGCUAGAUAGUCCCAUAAGCUGUCAAAACCAUGACAUCCAUUCUUCAAAGUAGAUUAAGGAACGAGUAAGAAACUUCUCUCUGAUAAGUAGUCCAAUUAUGAAUGGUAAUUUUCCAUCUUAACAUGUUUUGCUUUACUAAGUACAGACAUAAUGACAUUUUUGUGUAUGGUGAUUUUCUUGUAAUUUUCAAACUUUUCUCAUUUCUAUUUUCU